CUGAAAAAUGAAUCAACAGAGACGUAACGAAGAAAAUCGAAAAUGAAAAAUAAAGAGCAGCAUCGCCAGCUGCGUCUCUCUCUCGGUGUACCAUAGAAACAAACCCUAGUUCUCUCCAAAUUCUCACCCUUUUCCCCUUCAAUCUUGGAAUUAUGAUUCCCAAUCCCAUACGCCUCUCCUAAUUUUGGUCAAUUUGAUUUUCCCCUGUUGGCUAACAUGUACAGAGAUCGAGGGGAGAUGUUGGAUCGGAAGCGAAUCGACGACGCCUUGGACAAACAUUUGGAAAAGUCUUCGCCUUCCACCUCCAGAAACAAGGGUUCCGUCGACCCUAGAACCAAUCGCUCUUCCUCCACCCUCCCUACUGACAGAAACCAGUGUUCGGAUGAUGAAUCUGACACAGGCAGCGAAGAGGAAUCUGAUGUCAGUGGUUCUGAUGGGGAUGAUGCAUCCUGGAUUUCAUGGUUUUGCGACUUGCGUGGAAAUGAAUUCUUCUGUGAAGUCGACGAUGAAUACAUCCAAGAUGAUUUUAAUCUUUGUGGGUUGAGCAGUCAAGUACCAUAUUAUGAUUCUGCACUUGACCUUAUUCUGGAUGUUGAAUCUUCUCAUGGUGAUAUGUUCACUGAGGAACAAAAUGAAUUGGUUGAGUCGGCUGCUGAAAUGCUCUACGGCCUUAUCCAUGUCCGGUACAUCUUGACCUCCAAGGGAAUGGCAGCAAUGUUAGAGAAGUACAAGAAUUAUGACUUUGGAAGAUGUCCAAGAGUUUAUUGCUGUGGACAGCCUUGUCUUCCCGUUGGACAAUCAGACAUUCCACACUCCAGUACCGUAAAAAUAUACUGUCCCAAAUGUGAAGAUAUUUUCUAUCCACGAUCCAAAUAUCAAGGCAAUAUGGAUGGAGCAUAUUUUGGUACCACUUUCCCUCAUCUAUAUUUGAUGACCUAUGGGCACCUCAAGCCACAGAAGCCUGUGCAGAGCUAUGUCCCCAGAGUUUUUGGGUUCAAACUCCACAAGCCUUGACGAAUGUUUCGUCAUCACAUGCAGUUGAAAUUAUUGCUUGGGUAAACGUUUUGUAUCUGGUGUAAUGUGGUGUACCAAGUGGCCUCGCGACAGAGCAGGAGAAGGCUGAGGACAACAUUGAAUUGCAAAAAUAUUGAAGGAAGAAAAAGAGCCUCUAAGUAAGCUAAUAUCUUUUCCAUGCUGAGAGAUGCUUGAAGCACUUACUCCUGUAGUUUUUCCCGUGUGCAUACUUGUCACCACUAUAUUGAAAUUUAAAUUGCACCAAGAAAUUAACAAAUAUUGUACGCUAGAGUCAUCAAAUUUUUGCUACAAAAACGUUGACGAAUGUAACUACUACUGUUUUCUCCAUCUUCCACAAAAUGGCACUCCCAUCAUUCUACAGACGCCAUGCAUAUGGCCAAACAAUGUCAUUUUGCAGCAGCGUACGCUGAAGAAAUCGUUCAAAGCUAUGAAGGUUCAAUUGUUCUUAAUUGUA